ACAGAUCAGAGUUGCCUUUAGAGGUCAAACAGAGCGGAGCUAACCCCAAAGCCAUGAAGCCACAGGCGCUUCUGCUCCUCUGCGCAGCCGUCUUCCUCUUGGCCAGCAGCAGUCCAGUCACUCCGGCUGACCACAUCCAAAUCCAGGAGGGUUUUGACGAAGCGAGAGUCUAUGGGAAAUGGUACGCCAUUGCGUUUGGCACAACCUGCGAGUGGGUGAAGAAAUACAAGGACCAGUACCUGAUGGGGACUCUGGUAGUGGGACCAGGGAAAACGAGCAGGGAGCUCUCCGUCACCUCCACAAGGCUCCGGCAAGGCACGUGCAGCCAGGUGGCUGGAGUUUACCAGAAGACCAGCACCCCAGGGAAAUACCAGUACCACGAUUCCAGAUGGGAGACACAGAUUGAGGGGUACGUGACUCGCACCAACUACGAUGAAUAUGCCUUCCUCACAUGGACGAAGAACAGGAACAACGGACACACCAUCACGACCCAACUUUACGGAAGGAGACCCGACCUGCGUGAGGAUCUGAUAGAGGAGUUCAGACAGUUCUCUCUGACCUUGGGAAUUUCCGAAGACGCCUUUUUCAGACUGACGGAAGCAGGCGAGUGUGUCCCCGCCCAGCCGGAACUCAGCCUGCAGAGAGACCGGAGGAGCACCUGGGAUGAGGAAGCAGGAUCCGCCGACGACUCCCUCUCAUUCAUGGGGGGCAACAGGGGAGAUUUCUGCCUGCAGCCGCAGGAUGCCGGGCCCUGCCUGGGGAUGGAGGCCCGCUUCUCCUACAACACCACGUCCCAGAACUGCGAGAAGUUCUACUUCGGGGGCUGCCGGGGAAACCAGAACAACUUCCACUCGGAGCGCGACUGCCUGCAGACCUGCCGGACGGAGGCGGCCUGCCGGCUCCCCAUUGUCCCCGGAGAAUCCUGCAAGGCUAAAUUUUGGGCCUUCGAUGCCAGCCAGGGCAAAUGCGUCACCUUCCAGGGCUGCGGAGGGAACGCCAACAAGUUCUACCUGGAGAAGGAGUGCCAAGAGUACUGCGGCGUCUUCCCCGGUGAUGGGGAGGAAUUCUUACGCCUGCCCACCACCCAGUGAGGUGCCCGAGGAGAGGAGGAGACUGGCGUGGUUUUCAGGCAAGCUUCCUGCCUAUGCCAGGACCAAUAAACGCAGCUGCUGGGACUGAA